AUGGAACCACUUGCCCGAGAGCAGAGGGGUCUCAGACUGAUGAAGAGGAACCAGAUUUGUCAGCCUUUAACUGUUGCAAUCUGGUUCCUAAGGAGGAAGAGGAAGGCAGCCCUGGAGUGGUUUCUUUACAGUAAUUUCAACAGAAGAGUGAGAGAUGGAACCCGAAGAAGAAAGGAUUCGUUACAGCCAGAGAUUGGAAUUCCUAUUCUAGUGAUCAUGGUGCAUCUUAUACCCAUGGGCCUUAUACCCAUCAGAAGGCCCGGGUCCUACCAGUCUUCCUACCUGAUUAAGCCUGUCCUUGGAAGAGUGAUGCUUUUCGGUCCCAGAAAAGAAUCCUGGAACCAGCGUGGUACCAUGCGACGACGCUAUGAAGAUGAUGGCAUUUCAGAUGAUGAAAUUGAAGGGAAAAGAACUUUUGACUUGGAAGAGAAGCUCCACACCAACAAAUAUAAUGCAAAUUUUGUUACUUUUAUGGAAGGAAAAGAUUUUAAUGUAGAGUAUAUUCAGCGGGGUGGCUUAAGAGACCCUCUGAUUUUCAAGAAUUCGGAUGGACUUGGAAUAAAGAUGCCAGAUCCAGACUUCACUGUGAAUGAUGUCAAAAUGUGUGUGGGGAGUCGUCGCAUGGUGGAUGUCAUGGACGUGAACACACAGAAAGGCAUUGAAAUGACCAUGGCUCAGUGGACACGCUACUAUGAGACCCCAGAGGAGGAGCGAGAAAAACUCUAUAAUGUCAUCAGCCUAGAGUUCAGCCACACCAGGCUGGAGAAUAUGGUGCAGAGGCCCUCCACGGUGGAUUUCAUUGACUGGGUAGACAACAUGUGGCCGAGGCAUUUGAAGGAAAGUCAGACUGAAUCAACAAAUGCCAUCUUGGAGAUGCAGUACCCCAAAGUGCAGAAGUACUGUCUGAUGAGUGUUCGAGGCUGCUAUACUGACUUCCAUGUGGACUUUGGUGGUACCUCUGUUUGGUAUCACAUCCAUCAAGGGGGAAAGGUCUUCUGGCUCAUCCCCCCUACAGCCCACAACCUGGAGCUGUACGAGAAUUGGCUGCUGUCAGGGAAACAGGGAGACAUCUUUCUGGGUGACCGGGUAUCAGAUUGUCAGCGCAUUGAGCUCAAGCAGGGCUAUACCUUCGUCAUUCCCUCAGGCUGGAUUCAUGCUGUGUAUACUCCUACGGACACAUUAGUCUUUGGAGGCAAUUUUUUGCAUAGUUUCAAUAUCCCCAUGCAAUUAAAAAUAUACAACAUUGAAGAUCGGACACGGGUUCCAAAUAAGUUCCGCUAUCCAUUCUACUAUGAGAUGUGUUGGUACGUGUUGGAGCGCUAUGUAUACUGCAUAACCAACCGCUCCCACCUAACUAAGGAAUUUCAAAAAGAGUCCCUCAGUAUGGAUUUGGAGUUAAAUGGGUUGGAAUCUGGAAAUGGGGAUGAGGAAGCAGUGGAUCGAGAACCAAGGCGCCUGAGCAGUAGGCGCUCUGUCCUCACUAGCCCCGUAGCCAAUGGGGUCAACCUGGACUAUGACGGACUGGGCAAAACCUGCCGAAGUCUUCCAAGUCUGAAGAAAAGUUUGUCGGGGGACUCAUCCUCUGACUCUAGCCGGGGCUCCCACAAUGGCCAAGUGUGGGAUCCCCAGUGUAGCCCCCGAAAGGACAGGCAGGUGCAUCUGACCCAUUUUGAGCUUGAAGGCCUUCGCUGUCUUGUAGAUAAGUUGGAGUCUCUGCCACUGCACAAGAAAUGCGUCCCCACAGGGAUAGAAGAUGAAGAUGCUCUUAUUGCCGACGUAAAGAUUUUGCUGGAGGAGCUUGCCAACAGCGAUCCCAAGUUAGCCCUCACUGGAGUCCCUAUAGUACAGUGGCCAAAAAGGGAUAAGCUUAAAUUCCCCACCCGGCCAAAGGUGCGGGUUCCUACCAUCCCCAUCACAAAGCCUCACACUAUGAAACCAGCUCCUCGGUUAACACCUGUGAGGCCAGCUGCUGCCUCCCCCAUAGUGUCAGGAGCCCGGCGGAGACGAGUGCGCUGUCGAAAAUGCAAAGCCUGUGUGCAAGGAGAGUGUGGUGUCUGCCACUACUGCAGGGACAUGAAGAAGUUCGGGGGGCCUGGUCGCAUGAAGCAGUCGUGUGUCCUUCGGCAGUGCUUGGCACCCAGACUGCCUCACUCAGUCACAUGUUCCCUCUGUGGAGAGGUGGAUCAAAAUGAGGAGACACAGGACUUCGAGAAGAAACUUAUGGAAUGCUGUAUCUGCAACGAGAUUGUUCAUCCUGGCUGCCUCCAGAUGGAUGGAGAGGGGUUGCUUAAUGAGGAAUUGCCAAAUUGCUGGGAGUGUCCAAAGUGCUACCAGGAGGACAACUCAGAGAAAGCCCAGAAGCGGAAAAUGGAAGAGAGUGAUGAAGAAUCCGUGCAAGCCAAAGUCCUGCGGCCCCUGCGGAGCUGCGAUGAGCCCCUCACGCCCCCGCCUCACUCACCCACUUCUAUGCUACAGCUCAUCCAUGACCCGGUUUCCCCUCGGGGUAUGGUGACUCGGUCAUCCCCUGGGGCUGGCCCCAGCGACCACCACAGUGCCAGCCGGGAUGAGCGCUUCAAACGGCGGCAGUUGCUGCGGCUGCAGGCCACAGAGCGCACCAUGGUACGGGAAAAGGAGAACAAUCCCAGCGGCAAAAAGGAGCUGUCUGAAGUUGAGAAAGCCAAGAUCCGGGGAUCGUACCUCACUGUCACGCUACAGAGGCCCACCAAAGAGCUCCACGGGACAUCCAUUGUGCCCAAGCUGCAGGCCAUCACGGCCUCCUCUGCCAACCUUCGCCAUUCCCCCCGCGUGCUAGUACAGCACUGCCCAGCCCGAACCCCCCAGCGUGGGGAUGAGGAGGGGCUGGGGGGAGAGGAGGAGGAAGAGGAGGAGGAGGAGGAGGAAGAUGACAGUGCAGAGGAGGGGGGUGCAGCCAGGCUGAAUGGCCGGGGCAGUUGGGCUCAGGAUGGAGACGAAAGCUGGAUGCAGCGGGAGGUCUGGAUGUCUGUCUUCCGCUACCUCAGCCGCAGAGAACUUUGUGAAUGUAUGCGAGUGUGCAAGACGUGGUAUAAAUGGUGCUGCGACAAGAGACUUUGGACAAAAAUUGACUUGAGUAGGUGUAAGGCUAUUGUACCCCAGGCCCUCAGUGGCAUCAUCAAGAGGCAACCAGUUAGCCUGGACCUCAGUUGGACCAACAUCUCCAAAAAACAACUGACGUGGCUCGUCAAUAGACUGCCAGGACUGAAAGACCUCCUCCUAGCAGGCUGUUCCUGGUCUGCAGUCUCUGCCCUCAGCACCUCCAGCUGCCCCCUUCUCAGGACCCUUGAUCUUCGGUGGGCAGUGGGAAUCAAGGACCCUCAAAUUCGGGACUUGCUGACUCCACCGGCUGAUAAACCAGGUCAGGACAAUCGCAGCAAGCUCCGGAACAUGACUGACUUCCGGCUGGCAGGCCUUGACAUCACGGACGCCACGCUUCGCCUCAUCAUUCGCCACAUGCCCCUCCUUUCUCGACUCGACCUCAGUCACUGCAGCCACCUGACAGAUCAGUCCUCCAAUCUGCUCACCGCUGUCGGGUCUUCCACUCGCUACUCCCUCACAGAGCUCAACAUGGCAGGUUGCAAUAAAUUGACAGACCAGACCCUGAUCUACCUACGGCGCAUCGCCAAUGUCACCUUGAUUGACCUUCGAGGAUGUAAGCAGAUCACUCGAAAAGCCUGCGAGCACUUCAUCUCAGACUUGUCCAUCAACAGUCUCUACUGCCUGUCUGACGAGAAGCUGAUACAGAAGAUCAGCUAA